AAUAAAUGGGGAAGUAGUUGAUAGCUUGUAAGAACUGAAGAGGUGUUCCUCCCUCACCAAAGAUUCCCCGCGGUUCUUUCCGCCAUCGGAGCUCAUGCAAGGAAUUCCGGUUUAUUUUCCUCGUUCUGUGGAUUUCUCCUCUGAAUCCAAGAGGAAUGCAAGAACUUGAGGGAAAUCUUCUGUUUUCUUCAUCAAAGAUUCGAUUUUUGCUGUAUCUAGGGCUAAAAAUCCAGUCUUGGUCUUCGGCUUGAUUGCUAGUUUCUUCCCAAAGUUGUGUUCUUCUGGGUGGUGCAUAGUGUGGUGUUUCCACAUGAGGAACCGUUUCGGGUCGGCUUCCUUGCUCCUGUUCUUGGCGAUGGCCCCGAUCUUGGUCGCCGCCGAUAACUCCACCUAUGUCCCUCGGGACUACAUCCUCCUCAACUGUGGCGCUUCAGGGAAGGCCAUUGAUACCGACUCCCAAACUUGGACCGGCGACGCUGGAUCUAAGUACGGCCCUUCUCUGAAUGCCGUCGGCUUCACAGCUCCCCAGCAAGACUCGUCGGUCCCGGAAGUCCCGUACUUGACGGCCCGGGUCUUCACCUCCCCGUACACCUACUCCUUCCCUGUCGGCCCGGGCCGCAAGUAUGUCCGCCUCCACUUCUACCCUUCCAAUUAUUCCAACCAUGUUGCAUCGGAUGCAUUCUUCUCCGUCACUUCCGACACACACACCCUUCUCAGUAACUUCAGCGCCUAUCUCACUGCCGAUUCACUCAACUAUGCCUACCUCGCCCGCGAGUUCUCGGUUAAUGUCUCUACCGGUGGCCUCAACCUCACUUUUACCCCAUCGACCACCCAUCCCAAUGCUUUUGCUUUUAUCAAUGGUAUCGAGAUCGUGUCGAUUCCGGACAUCUUUAGCUCUGCAAACCCUAUGCUCGUCAUGGGUGGAAGUGCCCUGCCCUAUACAAUUGACCAGGACUGGGCUCUAGAGACAGUGUAUCGGCUCAAUGUGGGUGGGCAGUCCCUUUCCCCUACCCAGGACUCUGGCUUGUUCCGCUCUUGGAAUGAUGAUUCACCAUACAUCUAUGGGUCUUCUUUCGGUGUGACCUACUCCAACGAUCCGAAUGUCACCAUCUCAUACACGGAUAAUGUUCCAAACUAUACUGCACCGGUGGAUGUCUACUCAACUGCACGAUCAAUGGGGCCAAAUGCAAAUGUCAACCUGAAUUAUAAUCUCACAUGGAUUCUCACAGUGGAUGCUGGCUUUUACUAUCUCGUAAGGUUCCAUUUCUGCGAGAUCCAGUAUCCGAUAACCAAGUUAAACCAAAGAGUCUUUGAUAUCUACAUCAACAACCAGACUGCACAGGAAGGGGCUGAUGUAAUUGGGUGGAGCACUGGAAUAGGUAUACCUGUUUUUAAGGACUAUGUCGUGGUCACAACAGGAAGCGGACAGAUGGAGCUAUGGAUUGCACUCCACCCAGAUACCAAAAACAAACCACAGUUUUAUGAUGCUAUCUUGAAUGGGCUUGAGAUCUUUAAGUUGCAAAACAGCAAUGCAAGUCUUGCAGGACUUAAUCCACCACCAAGGCCUGAUCCAGAGGUGGAUGCUAGCAAGAUUUUUGAUGGGCAAUCCACGAAAUCCAAGAGUCGAACUGCGGCAAUUGCUGGCGGGGUUGUUGGAGGGUUUGCACUCUUGCUUGUUGGUUUCUGUCUUAUCAGGAUCUGCAGGCGCCAAAAGAAGAAAGGAAAGGAUGCUGGUAGCAGUGAUGGGCCUUCUGGUUGGCUUCCUCUCUCCUUGUAUGGAAAUUCUCAUUCAUCUGCAUCAGCUAAAUCAAACACUAGUGGGAGCUAUGCCUCAUCACUCCCCACAAACCUUUGCCGCCACUUCUCAUUUGCUGAAAUAAAGGCUGCCACAAAAGGUUUUGAUGAGUCUCUCCUCCUUGGUGUUGGUGGAUUUGGAAAGGUUUACCAUGGGGAGAUAGAUGGUGGGACAAAGGUAGCCAUCAAGCGUGGUAAUCCAAUGUCCGAGCAAGGUGUUCAUGAAUUUCAGACUGAGAUUGAGAUGCUUUCCAAGCUUCGCCACAGGCACCUUGUCUCUUUGAUUGGUUACUGUGAGGAGAACUGUGAGAUGAUCCUUGUAUACGACUACAUGGCCCAUGGGACCCUCCGUGAGCAUCUAUACAAGACUCAAAAGCCGCCCCUCACCUGGAGGCAGCGACUCGAUAUCUGCAUUGGGGCAGCUCGCGGACUGCACUACCUCCAUACUGGUGCCAAGUACACCAUCAUCCACCGAGAUGUGAAGACCACAAACAUUCUGUUAGAUGAGAAAUGGGUCUCAAAGGUUUCAGAUUUUGGUCUUUCCAAGACUGGUCCGACACUGGAUCACACUCAUGUCAGCACAGUGGUGAAGGGAAGCUUUGGAUAUCUUGACCCAGAAUACUUCCGGAGGCAGCAGCUUACCGAGAAAUCUGAUGUAUACUCGUUCGGGGUUGUGUUGUUUGAGGUCCUGUGCGCUCGGCCAGCUCUAAACCCUACACUUCCAAAGGAACAAGUCAGCUUGGCUGAGUGGGCAGCACACUGCCAGAAGAAGGGAAUACUAGAUCAGAUCAUUGAUCCCUACUUAAAGGGUAAGAUUGCUCCGCAGUGCCUAAAGAAGUUUGCAGAGACUGCCGAGAAGUGUGUGGCAGAUGUAGGGACCGAACGACCAUCGAUGGGUGAUGUGCUGUGGAACCUCGAGUUUGCCCUCCAGCUGCAGGAGAGUGCCGAGGAGAGUGGCAGCAUCAGUACUGGUAUCUCAGACGAGGCAGCAACACUUAUGAUAUUCGGAAAGAAAGUUCCUGAUGACCCAUCUAUGGAAUCAAGCACCACAACAACCACAACCACCUCGAUAAGCAUUGGAGGGCGGAGUGUAGCUAGCGAGGACUCGGAUGGGUUGACCCCCAGUGCUGUGUUUUCACAGAUCAUGAACCCAAAAGGUCGGUGAGCUCAUCAUUGUAAGGGUUGCCUCGAUGCUUCUUCAAUCUUCGAUAUGGAAGUUAGCGCUUUGAUUUAUCUUCUUAAUCUCUUUAUUAAAUGUAUUUGCUGAGUUUGUGCUGUAACAUUACUCAACCUUGAGAUUUCAUAUAACCUCCGAUAAAUUUGAUCUGUAAUUUGUACUUCCAGAAUGAAACUGCUGUUGUGAACAAAAUAAAUGGUUGGUGUUAUCAAUAGACAACUUAAAGUCUCUUCUUUUGUAUC